CGCUCUCUCUCUCUCGUACGACGAUUACGACAAUUAACCAUCUAAAUUUAUCUUCAUUGCCAGUACUUCACUAUAAAGCGAACUACGACAAAUACACACAAUGUUCCCUACUCCAUGGCCCGCUUCCUUCUCUUCCUCACUCUCCUCCUCCUCUUCCUUGUCCUCUCGGCCUGUGCUCAUGGCGGUGAUUCCGACUCCGAUUCCGGUUCUCCAUCGGAGGAACCCAACCUCAGGUCCCGCUCCUUGAUUCUUGUCAAGAUAUGGUGCCUGAUUCUAGUGUUUGUUGGAACUUUCGUCGGCGGGAUGUCUCCGUACUUCAUGAAGUGGAACGAGGGGUUUUUGAUAUUGGGGACGCAGUUCGCCGGAGGGGUGUUUCUGGGGACUGCGUUGAUGCAUUUCUUGAGUGAUUCGCAUGAGACCUUUGGGGACUUGACCCGUAAAGAAUACCCAUUUGCUUUCAUGCUUGCAAGUGCUGGAUAUUUGCUCACAAUGUUGGCUGAUUGCGUUGUUUCUUAUGUUUAUGGGAAGCGCGACCACGAUUCUGCUAAUGGUGAUGUUGAGCUUCAAGGUAUAAUUGCAAGUUUUAAUUUAAUCAGUGCUUGGAGAUUUGAUUCCUUUCCGUUUUGGGUGCAGUUGAUCAUCGUUGUUUUAGUGGAGAACGCCCCGGAGCGCCAUUUAGCAAACGCUUCACUAGCAACUGCUGCUUCACUUGGUGAUAGCAUCUUGCUGAUUGCUGCGUUAUGCUUUCAUUCCGUAUUUGAGGGCAUUGCAAUUGGAGUGGCAGAGACAGAAGCGGAUGCCUGGCGGGCUCUGUGGACCGUCUGCCUACACAAGAUAUUUGCUGCAAUUGCCAUGGGAAUAGCUCUGCUCAGAAUGAUCCCCGACCGUCCACUCUUAUCUUGUGCGGCUUACGCAUUUGCAUUUGCUAUAUCGAGCCCAGCUGGCAUAGCCAUCGGCAUUGUAAUAGACGCGACGACGCAGGGUGCAGUGGCGGACUGGAUAUUUGCGAUAUCAAUGGGACUGGCUUGUGGGGUAUUUAUCUACGUUUCGAUCAAUCAUCUGCUGUCCAAGGGCUAUAAGGCUCAGAAGAUGGUUUCGUUGGACAGCCCAGAGUACAGGUUUUUGGCUGUGUUGUUGGGCGUUGGGGUGAUUGCAGUUGUUAUGAUUUGGGAUACUUAGCUCAUAUGGCUUCCAUUUUCUGAUUUUUCCUAUAUAGAUUGGAGUUUAUAUUAAAUUUAAUUGCAUCCUCUUUUUUUAA